AGCAGCAUCUCGACAAACAUUUCUUACCGACGCUUGGAGUACGCAGUUAUUACUACUAGAGCGAAAAUUUGAUAACUACAUGGAAAGCCAAAAGUCUUCUACCAAUGAUGGAGAAUUACAGUGUUUACAAGAAGAUGGAUCAGGGAAGAAAACAAAGAAAAAGAAAGAAAAAGAAAUCCGGGUUGGAUUCUUUCAGCUGUUCCGCUAUGCUUCCUGCAAGGACAUAGGCAUGAUGAUAGUUGGGGCAAUAUGUGCUUUAGUCCACGGAGCAGCUCAACCCAUGAUGCUUUUUAUCUAUGGUCUAAUGACGGACACAUUUAUUGCGUAUGACCAACAAAAUCAGCUGCUCAAGGACGAGAACAAAACAUGUAUCAAUGAUACCAUCAGCUGGGUCAAUGGUACCAUCUUUGAAAUGGACAACUCUACAGUGGCUUGUGGAAUAAACAUUGAGCUGGAGAUGACUCAGUUUGCAUACUACUACAUUGCUAUCGGAGUGAUAGUCCUGGUGAUCAGCUACUUUCAGAUUUCACUAUGGGUUGUGGCUGCAGCUCGUCAGAUACAAAUUAUUCGGAAAGAAUAUUUCAGGAAAAUAAUGAGACUUGAUAUAGGCUGGUUUGACUGCAACUCGGUUGGAGAGCUGAACACAAGAAUUUCAGAUGAUAUUAACAAGAUUAACAACGCCAUUGCUGAUCAGGUGGCUAUCUUCAUUGAACGCAUUUCCACAUUUGUAUUUGGAUUCCUUAUUGGAUUUAUUGGAAACUGGAAGCUAACACUGGUUAUUGUGGCUGUGAGUCCUCUUAUUGGUUUAGGGGCAGCUUUAAUGGCCCUGGCUGUUGCAAGACUGACUGGAAGAGAGCUGAAAGCAUACGCCAAAGCUGGGUCUGUGGCCGAUGAAGUACUCUCCUCCAUUCGCACUGUAGCUGCUUUUGGUGCGGAGAAAAGAGAAGCUGAUCGAUAUGACAAAAACUUAGUGGCUGCCCAGGCCUGGGGCAUUAGGAAAGGCACGAUUAUCGGCUUCUUUCAAGGAUACAUGUGGUGUAUUAUAUUCCUGUGCUACGCUCUGGCAUUUUGGUAUGGAUCCAAGCUGGUAAUUGAAACAAAAGAGCUAACACCAGGGAGUCUCCUUCAGGUAUUCUUUGGUGUUUUGGUAGCUGCCAUGAAUCUGGGCCAGGCCUCUCCAUGCUUGGAAGCUUUUGCCUCUGGAAGAGCAGCUGCAACAAUAAUUUAUGAGACAAUAGAAAAGACUCCAGUAAUUGACUGUAUGUCCAACGAAGGUCACAAAUUAGAUCAAGUGAAGGGUGUUAUUGAGUUCCACGAUGUGAACUUCCAUUAUCCAUCAAGACCCGAAGUGAAGAUUUUGAGUGAAAUCAAUAUUAGUAUUAAGCCUGGUGAGACCACAGCUUUUGUUGGACCUAGUGGUUCUGGAAAAAGUACAGCAGUGCAACUCAUCCAAAGGUUUUAUGACCCUACAGAUGGAAAGGUCACCUUAGAUGGACAUGACAUCCGCACACUUAAUAUUCAGUGGCUGCGCUCCUUGAUUGGAAUAGUUGAGCAGGAACCAGUAUUAUUUGCUACAACCAUUGCUGAAAAUAUUCGAUAUGCCAGAGACGAGGUCACUAUGGAUGACAUUAUCAAAGCAGCAAAAGAAGCUAAUGCCUACAACUUCAUCAUGGAUUUACCAGAGAAGUUUGACACCAUGGUUGGAGAAGGUGGAGGACAGAUGAGUGGAGGACAGAAGCAGAGAAUUGCAAUUGCAAGAGCCCUUGUCAGAAACCCCAGAAUCCUCCUCCUUGAUAUGGCCACGUCUGCUCUGGAUAACGAGAGUGAAUCUAUAGUACAAGAAGCACUGAAUAAGGUAGCUAGCGGAAGGACAACCAUUUCAAUAGCUCAUCGUCUCUCCACGGUCCGGAAUGCCGAUAUAAUUGUGGGAUUUAGUGGUGGAAGAGCAGUAGAGAAGGGGACACAUGAAGAACUGCUGAAAAUUAAAGGCGUUUACUUUACUUUAGUCACCUUACAAAACCAGAAUACUUCAACAGAAAAAGUUGCAGAUGAAAACCCUGUUGUGGAAAAGACACGGACAUUCAGCAGAGGAAGCUACCAGUCAAGUUUCAGGAACACCCUUCGUCUUCGUUCCAAAUCCCAGCUCUCUAAUGUCUUUCCAGAUGCCCUAUCUGCUACUGUAAAUGGGUCACCUGGUCUACAAAUAAAUGAUACCGAUGAGUCAGAGGACCUUGAACAAUCACAGACUCAAAAGAAGAAAAAGAAGACGAAACAGAAGAAUGUAAUUAUGAGGAUACUGAAGUACAAUGCUACAGAAUGGCCAUACCUUGUUUUAGGAUCUAUAGGAGCAGCCAUUAAUGGAACCCUUACUCCACUUUAUGCUCUUCUGUUUAGUCAGAUACUGGGGACAUUUUCUCUGCCGGAUGAAGCUCAGCAAACUAAAGAGAUCAAUGGAAUCUGCGUUCUGUUUGUUAUAAUUGCAGCGGUGUCAUUUGUUACCCAGUUUUUACAGGGAUUUGCUUUUGCCAAAUCUGGAGAGCUUCUGACCCGGAGACUAAGGAGAACCGGUUUUCAGGCUAUGCUUGGUCAAGAAAUUGGAUGGUUUGAUGAUGCUAACAACAGUCCUGGAGCGCUGACCACCAGACUUGCCACUGACGCGUCUCAAGUUCAAGGGGCCACUGGUUCUCAGAUUGGAAUGAUUGUGAAUUCCCUCACAAAUAUCGGAGCUUCACUGAUCAUCUCCUUCUACUUCAGCUGGAAGCUGACUCUAGUGGUUUUAUGCUUCCUUCCUUUAAUCGGAUUGUCCGGAGUUUUUCAAGCUAAAAUGCUUACAGGAUUUGCAAAUCAAGACAAAAAAGCGUUGGAAGAAGCUGGAAAGGUCUCCGGUGAAGCUAUUGGUAAUAUUCGUACGGUUGCAGGAUUGGGCAAGGAAAUGAUGUUUGUCCAACUCUAUGAGAAGGAGCUGGAGAUGCCUUACAAGACAGGCGUCAAAAAGGCUCAUGUUUACGGUGCCUGUUUCGGCUUUGCCCAGUGUGUCAUUUAUAUGACCUAUGCAGCCUCAUUUAGAUUUGGAGGCUUUUUAGUUAAUACAGAUGGGAUAAACUAUACUGUGGUUUUCAGAGUCAUAUCUGCCAUAGUCACAAGUGGCAAUGCCUUGGGAAGGGCAUCGUCUUUCACUCCAGAUUAUGCCAAAGCCAAAAUUGCGGCUGCUCAAUUUUUUAAGUUACUGGACCGCAUCCCUAAGACCAGCGUCUAUAGCACAGAUGGAGAUAAAUGGGACAAUUUCAAAGGAGACAUUCAGUUUGUGAACUGCAAAUUCACUUAUCCCAGCCGUCCGGUGACCAUGGUGCUGCAAGGUCUUUCAGUUCAAGUAAAGUCUGGUCAGACUCUUGCAUUUGUGGGCAGCAGCGGUUGUGGAAAAAGUACCAGUGUCCAGUUAUUAGAGAGAUUCUAUGAUCCAGAUCAAGGAAAAGUACUUGUGGAUGGACAUGCAACUUCCAAUGUAAACAUAUCAUUUUUGAGGAGCAAGAUUGGCAUUGUGUCUCAGGAACCUAUAUUAUUUGAAGGAAGUGUUGCAGACAAUAUCAAGUAUGGCGAUAACUCUCGAGAUGUCUCAAUGGAUGAUGUGAUGGAGGCUGCAAAGAAGGCGCAUUUACAUGAAUUUGUAAUGUCUCUGCCUAAUAAAUAUGAAACAAAUGUUGGGAUAGGAGGAUCUCAGCUAUCCCGGGGACAGAAACAGCGUAUCGCUAUAGCCAGGGCGAUAGUCAGAGAUCCGAAAAUUUUGCUUUUGGAUGAAGCCACAUCAGCCCUAGACACUGAAAGUGAAAAGACUGUGCAGGAAGCAUUGGAUGAAGCGAGACAAGGCCGUACCUGCAUCACCAUUGCUCAUCGAUUAUCCACCAUUCAGAAUUCUGACAUCAUCGCUGUAAUGUCACAGGGCGCUGUCGUUGAACAGGGGAAUCAUGAACAACUUAUGUCUCGCAAAGGGGCUUAUUAUAAACUGGUCACAACAGGGGCACCCAUAAGUUAGAUACCCCCGGCUGCACAU